AUGGGAACAAAGACAGAGAGCAGGAAACCAGUGGCUCUGUUCAUGGCUUUUGGUACCAAAGGCGAUGUUUACCCUAUCUCUGCCAUUGCCGCUGCUUUUGCUGGUGAUCAGAAACAAUACCAUGUGGUUCUAGUAACACAUUCAGCACAUGAGGAAGGGUGGAGCCUUGCAGAACUUUUUCGUAUCCGUUGUGUGGUUGCUGCUCCUUAUGUUGUUCCAUACAGUGCACCUUCCUCAUUUGAGAAUCACUUUAGAAGAGAGCAUCCCCUUUUGUAUAGAUAUCUUCAAGAAGCUGACAGUAACCAGGUUUAUGAUGUGCAGCUUAUGUACGAACUUUUUAACCUUGUUAUGAACAUAGGUAUGGAUUUAGCAAAGAAAUUGUUGAAUGUCCAGAACAUCAAUGAUGAUCUUUCCUUGAACUGUGUUUCGCGUUUCCUUUGCAGCAUGGGCUUCUUGAGGAACCCUCAAAUAUUUCUUCGGGUAAUUCAAGCUGUCUUGGAGAUCACAAAAUUCAGAUUCAUCCUCUUUACUGCUAGCUAUGAACCUUUGGAUGAAGCUGUCCAGGCUAUUGCCACUGAAGCAUUACAUCUAAAUAAAAGACAGUACCUUGAAGAGGGAAUCUGUCUCUUUGAUGGCCGCCUCUUCUGCUUUCCUGGUAUGGUACCUUACAAAUGGUUAUUUCCGAGAUGUGCAGCUGCAAUUCAUCACGGGGGCAGUGGAUCCACUGCUGCAGCACUACAUGCAGGAAUCCCACAGUGUGCUGUUUGGGUUAGGUUUUAUUGGGCUGAGAAGAUGUAUUGGAUUGGAGUUUCCCCAGAACCAUUAAACAGAAGCCAUUUGAUUCCAGACAAACUAGACAAUGUUAGCAUCAGAAUGGCUGCAAAUGUUCUAUCAAGGGCCAUAAACAAUGCCCUGUCUCCAAAAGUCAAAGCACGUGCUUUAGAAAUUGCAGAGAGAAUAUCUCUUGAGUGCAAGUGUAGAAUUCUUAGUGGCAAGAGGAAGGAUUUGAGUCUUGAGAAAGCCACUUGGUAUGCGAUAGCAAUGGAUAAGGAUUUACCAGAUUCAGAUAUCCUUCCCUUAUUACUAUAUACCAGCACCAUAGCAGUCCUCUUCCCAAAUGAUGAUGUGAGGUGGAACAGGGCAUUUUUCUCUGAAAAUAACUGUUAA